AUGGAAGACACACGCGACUUCAUAUAUUUUCUCCAGAUUCAAGUCCAGACGCAGGUCGUGGAUGGGUUUCCUCUGAAGUCCCAGCUUGGCGAAUGGCUGACCAAGUAUGUAGUCAGCAGUUUAUAUGCUUGCCUGAUCUUGAUCGCCAUUUGCCUUUGGCUGUUUGGCUUGCCUGAGAAGGCCCCGCAGCACGCCAGCGUGCAGAAAAGCUAUCCGAAGGGUUGCGUGGUGUUCCUUGGGAUUGUGUACACGCUCAUUUACUUCACGAUCGAUCAGUAUGUGCCAAGCUUCCCACAGAUGGAAAAGGAUUUGUCUGGGACCCAAAGCCUGAUGAGCCUCACUGUUCAGCUGAAUUUCAUUGUCAAGGCAGUCUUUGGGCUGCUGACUGCUGGCCUGUCUGACCGCAUCGGCCGCAGACCUGUCCUGAUCAUGAGCAUGAUUGUCCUGUGCUUAGGAAGCUUGGGGUGCGCAUGCUCCCAACGGAUUGAGUGGUUCGUGGCCGCAAGGAUUCUCCAGGGAAUAGGGGAGUCAGUGGAACCAGUGCUUUUCGCAGUCGUCCGUGACCACAUUGCAGACCCUGACGAGCGCUACGCAGUUAUUUCAGUGCUGCACACGAUGUCCAUUCUCGGUAUGUUGGUAGCACCCACUUUUGGGGCAUGGCUUGCAGUUCUCUUCAACUGGCGCAUCUCUUUUUUUGGGCUGGCUGGGAUUUGGGCCUUCAUGGGAGUCUAUGCUUGGGUGGCAAUCGUGGAAAGCUGCCCAGAUGAGUCAGUCGAAGAGCGGGAUUAUUGCCAAGAUUUAUCGCGCAUUUUCAAUUUCCGUGCGAUAAGCUUGCUACUGACAAUGGGUUCCCUCACAGCAGCGAUUUUGACGUUCGAAUCGAACACAACCUAUAUCACACAGGUGAACUUCGACAUUUCGAUGACGGCCUCGGCCCUUGUGAUGUUUGCAUAUGCAGGUUUUCUCAUUAUGGGUCUGUUGGUGAAGCGGUCCUGCUUUACCAGUACCUCCGUUCUGGAGACCUGUAAGACGUCCUUGACGCUUUUGGCCUGCGCUGGCAUCGUUUCGGUCCUGCUAGGAUGCUUCUACUCCCAGUUCCUCUGGGCUUAUUUGGCAGGAUCUUUUCUGCAGUCCAGUGUGAUAAACGUUGCUGUGAUCGCACUGAAUGUUCUGUACCUCGAGCCGCUCGCAGACUGUGCCGGUGUGGCCGCUUCAUGUCAGACUUUCAGCCAGGGUGUUCUCCCCAGCCUUCUUUCGAUGGUCUCCACCCAACUAUUGAUCAAUGGAGGCUUGAAGUUGUUCACUGGUUUCCAGGCCAGCACAUGCCUCGCAGCAGGGCUGUUCUUCUGGUUGGGCCGUCUGAUGGAGAGUACAUCGAAGUCGUGUGAGUCCUCCGAGUAG